UGUUGGGUUAUUUUUAUCUCUAGUUUUUGUUUACGUCCUUAAAAUUUCCAAAAUGGAUUUUGGAAAAGAACCCAAUCUUCAGUUAUUGGGUUCUGAGGAUUUCAUACCUGAAAAGUAUGUCCGAGAUUUAUCUCAUAAUUAUGUGGGUGGAUCUGAACUUCAAACUCUUCGAAGAAAAAUACAAAUGCUCUCAGAAGAAACAAGUAACAAUCUCAAGAAAAAUGUUUAUCAAAAUUAUGUGCAAUUCAUUGACACAGCAAAAGAGAUUUCCCAUUUGGAAAGUGAAAUGUACCAGUUGUCACAUUUGCUCUCAGAACAAAAGUUAUUACUAAGUGCAUUGUCUACUACCUCCAUUUUAGAAGAUAGCACACCAGUUAAUAUAGAACGUGAAACUAAACUUAGUGAAAAAGACUUGGAGGAAGAAAACAAACAAAAAUUAGCAACAAUUUUGGAAAAAGUUGAAGGAUGUAAGGAAUUACUGGAAGUUCCAGGACGAAUAUUUUUGUAUGAAGGAGAUUUACUAGAGAUUGACCCGACUGAAAAUACUGCAUUGAAAAGUGUACAUGUAUACUUGUUUACUGAUGGAUUUAUGAUUACAAACAGAAACUCAAACAGCCGGGGUUUGAUGAAGUACAUUUAUGAAAUUAUUUAUGAUCUAAGUAGUCUAGCUGUUGUCAAUGUGAGGGAUUUGGGAAAUAUUAAACAUGCUUUCAAAUUAUUGAUUUUUCCGGAUACCAGAGUGUUUCAGUGUUCAUCAAAUUCAAAUAAGAAAGAAUGGUUGGAUAAGUUUGAUAUUGCAAAGAAGACGAGAUUAGCACAAGAGCAACAAAAAAGAGAAUCAGUUGUAGAAAAAUCCCCGUCUCGUUCAGCUUCGAUGGAAUCACCAAGUUUCAAUCCAUUCGGUGAGGUAGAAGAGGAUACAGGACUGGUUCAUCCAGAAUGGUUUAUAGAUUUACCAGAAGAACUUGAUGUAUGUGUUGCACAAAGACACUUUGAAGAAGCGUUGGUUUUAUUACAGAAAGCCAACGAUUAUAUUAAUGAGUGUCUUACCACGAAUGACCAAUUAGAUCACGUAAUGAUUGAUAUCCAAAGGAAGGUGGAACAAAGACAAAAUAAUCUCACAGAAGUUUUCAUGAAGGAACUUGAAGUUAAUCCCGAUAAAUCUUUGCAAGGUGGUUUACGAGCAGCAAGAAGGGCAGUGAGAUUACUAAAUCAGUUAGGAAGGUCAACGCAGUCUUGCAACCUGUUCCUCAAACUAUGUAGCAGUAUGUUAAAAAAUCAAUGUAAGAGGGUUAAAAGAGAGGGAUCUACUGCAACCUAUGUCAGACAUCUUUCAAGUGUAGUGUUUACAAACAUGUGUCACAUGUCUGAAGAAUUUUUGAGAGCAUUUCAAGAUUCACCCACUUGUGCUUCAGCAUAUGUUAUGUGGGCCAGCAGUGAAUUGUCUCUUUUCACAACCCAUUUUAUAAAACAAGUAUUCAUGCCGCAAACUUCGCUUUCAACAAUUGCUGAAUGUGUAGUAUUCAUAAGGACACAAUGUGAAAGGCUUUAUAGUUAUGGAGUUGAUUUGUGCUAUCAGCUGGAUGGAUCGUUAAUGUCUUCCUUGACGAAAGCUCUGAAGGAUGCCAGAGAUAAACUUAUUGAUUCAGUGAAAUUGAGGGCUAUUGACGAUAAGUGGAUUCCAAUAAAUUUGCAUUCAAAGUCAGCACUGGCGAGGUGUCUCCAGGAGCAUGCCCAAAUGGGUCUUCAUUUAGAGAGUUACAUCACAGGUGAUACGUGGCUACAACUCACACCCAGUACAUUAGCUUUCACUAAAAUGUUCCUGCUAUUUUUGAAUGAUUGUUUGAAGUUAAAAACCAAUGAAUUGAUGUUUACUAUCGAUGAAAUGCUUUAUAGUGUUUUUGAGGCCCAAGUGAGACAUAAUGAAAAUUCCCUUCGAAUUGAAAUGAAUCAAGAUCAAAGGCAGUUUCUAACAAAAAAUGCAGAGUUUUUAUUAGUACACCUGCUGGAAGUUACCCAAAAAACAUAUAAGGAUCAUGUUGGCUAUGAAUGUUCUACUCUUUCCAAACUUCAGGAAGAGUAUUCAGCAUUAACAAAGGGAAUUUCUCCUUCUACAAGAAAUAUCAAAACUGUUUAUUCUUCAGAUUUUUUAUAAUCUACUUCAACUCUUUUUAAAAUAAAAGUGUAAUACUUUGCUUAAGAUCAGUGUGAAUUAUUGUUCCACCAAUGAAAAAAUUGACUGAUUUUGUUAAUUUAAAGUAAAUUUAAAAAUCAAACGUAUCCAGCAGUUUCAAAAUUUAUCUUUGUAAUUAUUGAUAUUCUCAUCUGUUUUUUUAUGUACUAUGUGUCACUAAAAGUGAUAGUUUUUAGUGUCGCCAAUUUUAGUUGAUUUAUAUCACUUUCUAGUGAUAUUUCCACGUUUGAAGAAAAAUAGUUGAUUUAUUGGAAAAUAGUUUCGUGUAGGUCGAAUAAUUGACAGGCUCACCUAGAGGUUGUUCGUCAAUCUUCAUGCUCGCCACACAAAACAUUAUUUUUUCUGCUGAUGAAAUAGUGUAUUAUUAAUUGUAGAAUGGUAAUAAUAAAGGACCUACAAAUACUAGAAUUUUCA